GUUGGGAGAGGCGCAGAGACGGAGACACGCAGAGGAUGAACUGUCAGUGAACGCCGGUCUUCAGUGUCCUACAGGGAUGAAGACUGAAAUUUUUAAUUGUUCCAUCAUUUGAACCGUUCCAACUGGCACUCUACUGUUGGCGGGGCUCAGCCAUUUCUGGCAGCAGGGAAGAACCACCGCUCCGCACUACUGAAUGGCCAGGAAGUGGCGGAGAUCAUCAGUAGCCACCCAACUACCCUCCAUGUUGACACACUGACCCACUCCCACCAACCCAGCACACAGCACAGUGAAGCAGAUGCAACACAUCUUAAAUAAACACAACAACGGCUUAUGUUCACUGAGGCAUCCACUAUCACAGCAAGGCUCAGCAGGGAUCCAAGCCUGAACUCUUCACAGUAAUUUGAGGUAUCCCUACUUGCACAGAGGAACUGUGCCUCACCUCUCAAGGGUUUCCUGUUGAUGUAGCUGAGCUAUGGAGUCCUGUAGCCCUGCUCACUGUGUCCUGAUCUUACUGAUCAUCACAUUCACUGCUGUGUAUGUGUCAGCUGUUCCUCUAGUGAAGGUGAAGCUUCAUGACUCUGCUACUCUGCCCUGCUCUGAGACAUGUUCUGGUUUGGUCAGAUGGACUGAGUUCAGUAAUCGCACUGAUGUUCUGGCUGAGUGUGAUCAGACUUCAUGUAGAUCAGUGAAGGAGGGAUAUCAGAUGAUCCAUGAUCAGUACCUGAAGGGAGAUUUCUCUCUCACCAUCACUGACGCUGAUUUCAGUAUGAUGGGCACGUACACAUGUGAGUGCGGUAAUUCUGAACUCUGUGAUGUGGAGCUUCAGGUUGAGGACACACCACAGGCAGGGAACAAUAUUUCUGGCAGCAGUCAUACUAAAGGAACGUCCCACGGAGCUCCACAGGUGUCUGUUCCAGGGUGGGCGACUGCUCUGAUACUUCUCACAGUGGCGCUGGUGAUUCUGGUGUUGGUGUUGGUGUUUUUUAUGAGGAGCCACAAUCAGAGCAUCAGAAGUACAAAUGAGCAGAUUAACAGCAUAGAAAAGACCCUCACAGACAGACUUGCUUCUCUGGAGAGCACUGUUGUCCAGAAUCGUGACCAGAUUAAGAGCACAGAAGAUACCCUCAAAAAGAGACUUGAUUCUUUGGAGAAGACUGGUGAGCAGAAUCGUGACCAGAUUAAGAGCACAGAAGAUACCCUCAAAAAGAGACUUGAUUCUAUGGAGAAGACUGGGAAGCAGAACAGUGACCAGAUUAACAGCAUAGAAAAGACCCUCAAAGAGAAACUUGCUUCUUUGGAGAGCACUGUUGUCCAGAAUCGUGACCAGAUUAAGAGCACAGAAGAUACCCUCAAAAAGAGACUUGAUUCUUUGGAGAAGACUGGGAAGCAGAACAGUGAGCAGAACAGUGACCAGAUUAACAACAUAGAAAAGACCCUCAAAGAGAAACUUGCUUCUUUGGAGAGGACUGUGGGGCAGAACAGUGACCAGAUUAAGAGCACAGAAGAUACCCUCAAAAAGAGACUUGAUUCUUUGGAGAAGACUGGGAAGCAGAACAGUGACCAGAUUAACAGCAUAGAAAAGACCCUUAAAGAGAAACUUGCUUCUUUGGAGAGCACUGUUGUCCAGAAUCGUGACCAGAUUAAGAGCACAGAAGAUACCCUCAAAAAGAGACUUGAUUCUAUGGAGAAGACUGGUGUCCAGAAUUGUGACCAGAUUAAGAGCACAGAAGAUACCCUCAAAAAGAGACUUGAUUCUAUGGAGAAGACUGGGAAGCAGAACAGUGAGCAGAACAGUGAGCAGAUUAACAGCAUAGAAAAGACCCUCAAAGAGAAACUUGCUUCUUUGGAGAGGACUGUUGAGCAGAAUCAUAACCUGAUUAAGAGCACAGAAGAUACCCUCAAAAAGAGACUUGAUUCUUUGGAGAAGACUGGGGGGCAGAACAGUGACAAGACUGGGUGCAUAGAAAAGACCCUCACAGACAGACUUGCUUCUCUGGAGAGCACUGUGAAGCAGAAUAGUGAGCAGAACAGUGAGCAGAUUAACCGCAUAGAAAAGAUCCUCAAAGAGAAACUUGCUUCUUUGGAGAGGACUGUGGAGCAGAACAGUGACAAGACUGGGUGCAUAGAAAAGACCCUCACAGACAGACUUGCUUCUCUGGAGAGCAGUGUGAAGCAGAAUAGUGAGCAGAACAGUGAGCAGAUUAACCGCAUAGAAAAGACCCUCAAAGAGAAACUUGCUUCUUUGGAGAGGACUGUGGAGCAGAACAGUGACAAGACUGGGUGCAUAGAAAAGACCCUCACAGACAGACUUGCUUCUCUGGAGAGCACUGUGGGGCAGAACAGUGACCAGACUGGGCGCAAAGAACAGACCCUCACAGACAGACUUGCUUCUUUGGAGAGCACUGUUAACCAGCAUCAUGGGCAGAGCCCCCAAAAGAGACGUGCUUAUUUGAAAAAGACUGGAUCCCAGAAUUAGGACUACAUCGUUUAGUAGUCCAGUCAAGACUAAAAGCUGAAGUAUUGUUGAAGAAUUGUGAUCAGCAUCAGCUAACAGGUUUCUGACUGUGGGAUUUUGAUGAUAUUGAUUAUAUCUGUGAAUGUUUCCUGUAAUGAAUCCCCUUUUCAUGGUGUUCCACUGUAAAGACCAUAGACUGUCUGGUAGAUCUCAGUCUCUCUCUCUCUCUCACUCACACACACACACACACACACACACACAGUCAGUGUAGAAACACGGUAAAGACCCCGACACUCUGACACCCCGACCAGCAGCAGCUCAAAUGUGUCUGAUUUCAUCUUCAGCUGAUUGCAGAGCAUCUGAAGCAGCUGUAAGGCAGCAUGUUCACCCUUCAGCUCCUGAUAGAAGUGUGGAUGAGUUCCUCUCAGAGCUCACAGCUCACUAUCACAUACACAGUGUUCAUAUAGAAGUGAACUUGUAGGAGUGAACCAGUGAUGAUCAGCCAGCAGCAGCUCUGACUGUUUAAAAGUGAUCAGGUAUUGAUUGUGUAAUAGAGCACAGAGUUGGCUGUAGAUGGAUCACUGUGCUGUGGAUCUAAAUGCCUUUACACACUGAACCAGAUAUAAAAAUAAACACAAAUGUUAAAGAUCUAAACUGUAAAAUGAACAAACGGUCAGAAGGUCUGUGUAGAAGAUCCUGCGCUCCUCACUCUCUACUCUGUAUAAGAUAAAGGAGAGCAGAGCUUCACCACCUCAUUCAGGAGCUGAAUUUUCUACUUCUUACCUGUUUGCAUCCCUGUUAAUAGUAUUGGACAUGCACACCACACUGAGGCCUAAAUGUCUUUCAGUCUGAGUCCUUUUAAAGUGUUACCCACUUACUGAUACUCUUAUUACUUUCUGUGUGUAUAGAACCCACAUUACUGCAGCUAACUAACUAAAAGCUCUUAAUAACUACAACCUCUCACAGCAUGUGUGACUUUAUUAACACUAUUGUUGUUACUGUUGUUAUUAGUAAUAGUAUUGAUAGUAAUAUUGUACCUUCUAUUGCCUGCACAUCUUCUAUAUUCCUACAAGUAAGAGUUAAAUCAACAAAUGUCUAAUAUUUCCCAUCUUCGUGUGAAUGUGACAUCAUUCAAAAUGUGUGAACAGGCCAAUGAGACA